AUGUCCACCGACGCGUCUCCUUCCCUUUCUGCCGAAACACUGCGCGCGCUCCAACAAGCUGUCGGUGAUGCGAAUAGUGCUGCUAAUGUUCCAAGGAAACCAAAGCCUAAGCGUGCUAGAGAGGAGCAAGCCACUCAAAUCAGUGCAGAAGAUGAGGCAAUAGCCAAAAAGAAGAAGAAAACUAAGGUUCGUCAGGGCGCAGGCGUUGAUGCGACCUCAGUCGUUUCAGCGGAUGCUUCUGCUGCCGAGGCUGCCGCUGCUACGGAUGCUACAAUGUCGGAACAUGAGUCAAAAGGGAGCGAAAAGAGGGACAAGGGGAAGGAGAGAGAAGAGGAGCCGGAACCGGUGCAGCAGCAAGAUUCACAAGUAGCUGCGCCUUCAGAGACAGAAAUUCAUACUUCGUCAGCAGAUUUCCUUUCUGCUGUUGUCGCUGCAGCAUCUGCUACUUCUUGCCAGCCCUCGCCUCACGGGCAUCUACCAUUCGAUCAGACAAUACCCCAGUAUGUAGAGUACUCGCAGGAUUUCGCGCACUACUCGUAUGCUCCCCCACAUCCAGGACCAUACGAUGCCGCACAGCCUCCUCCGAUUUAUCCGGACCUUGCCACUCUCAUCCCAGGGCUCAACUUCAAUUCGAGCGAAGAUCUGCUCAGGUCAUUGCAGGAAUUCGAUAUUUCGAAGGUAGCAUCCGUACUACGGUCAUUUGGCUUUGGAGAUACCGCAAAUACUGCGAACGUUUCUGUCACUGGACAGCCUGUGUUUAUGCCCCCUCAAGGUCCGCCUCCAGUUAACCAAACACCCGUGAGGUCAGACGCCAUUUUAGGGCGUCCGCCUAAGCAGAAGAAAGUACUACAGGCGUCGUCCUCUCAGCCUCCUAUUCAUCCACCGCCGCUGCCAUCACCACAGCUGCAGCUCCCCUUAGAGGUAGAUAAUCCAGAGCAUGCGCAUAUACUAGCGAAUGUCUGGAUGAAUGCUUCGAAAUUAUCUGACAUGGUCAAGAAAGAAGGUCUCGUCUAUAAGAAAGGCAAAUUCUCCGCUAUAGAAGAUGGGCAGUUGAACGCAGCGAUUGAGCACUACCGUCUCUCAAAAGGGCUCACCCCGCAACAAUUAAACGACAUCAUUUUCUCCAAGGAGAGGGGUAGAGAAACGUUCUGGCAGGAAAUUACUUCUGCUUUACAUUUGCGCCCUAUCAUCGCUGUAUAUCAUCAUGUCCGUCGGACGCGUCAUCCACUGAGUCAGCAAGGUCCGUGGUCGAAGGAAGAGGAAGAAGAACUGACGCGCAUUGUGACCGAGAUGACCGUUGAGAAGGGCAGAGACAUCGACAACGAUAUCUUCUGGGGUGUGGUCAGCCAGCGUAUGGGUAACAAGCGUGGUAGACAACAGACCGAUACACUCAGUACUCAAAUUAAAAAUGCCGGUGAAAGGCCGCGUUGGAGUCAAAUGGAUGCGUACAUUCUCGUGCACAAAGUUGAUUCGUUAAGUGUUCGCGACGAUAGUGAAAUUGACUGGAAGCUGUUACCUGACGAACACUGGAACAUCUGGAGCGCUCACUCACUACAAAGACGUUGGUUAACGAUGAAGAGAAGCAUCAAGGGGCAUGAGGAGAUGUCCCAUGGCGAGAUCAUGGAGAUCUUGAAGACGAAGAAGGCUCAGGCUUUACCCCCACCGACCACAAGCCGCAAAAAGAAAAACAAGGUCACCAGUGCUGAAGCAGUGGUUGAUAUCGAUGAAGACGUUCAACCGGAGGCAGGAUCUAGUACAGUCGUUUGA